AUGAGAAAACUGGGUUUUGGGAAAAAAGGCGAAAGCGGAGAUGAUGAAAGCAAUAGGAAGGCACUGUUUGGGUCGAAGAGCAAGAGUCCAGCUCCUCCAACAAACCCUUAUGCCCAAGCUCCUGCCUACUCAGACCCCUAUACUGAAGCGAAACAAAAGAUAUAUCAGCCUCAGUCGCAGCCUUCUGCUGGAGGACUACCUAGCGGCCCAAAACGCGGAAAUAUGGGUGUGAAUCAACCUCAGAAUCAAAUGCCAAGUGCAGGUGACCCGUAUGGUGAUAUGAAUGGACGCGGCUACGGCCCAGGGCGACAAGGUGACCAAGGUGGUUAUGGGAAGGAUAGAUAUGGCGGUGACGAUAGAUCCGGUGGAGGCUCAAGAUAUGGCCCAGGUGGUUACGGUGGCCUUGGAAAUUCUGACCCCAACGCUGUCGAUGAUAAUAGAAAUGCCCUCUUUGGAGACGCCCAACAACGCGUCCAGGAUAGGCAACAGCAGCAGCAUGACAAUGGCUAUCCUCCUCCGUACAGUUCCCAUAGCGGGUCACAGAACGAAAGCGGCGCUCCUGGGACUACUUCAGGUGGUUACGGCGCCUACCAAGAGCGACAGCUCACAGCAGAAGAGGAAGAAGAGGAGGAUGUGCAGGCAAUGAAACAGGAAAUCCGCUUUAUGAAGCAACAGGAUGUGUCAUCUACCAGAAAUGCUCUACGUGUUGCCGCAGAAGCUGAAGAGACAGGCCGCAGCACCCUUGCCCGCCUCGGAGCACAGGGAGAACGAAUCCACAACACUGAAAAGAAUCUUGAUCUUGCUGCAAACCAGAAUCGUCUCGCAGAUGAAAAGUCUCGAGAGCUAAAACGACUCAACAAGAGCAUGUUUACCAUGCACGUUGCCAAUCCCUUUACUAGCGAAGAGCGCCGCAAGGCGCGUGACAAUGCGAUCAUCGAUCGACACCAAGAAGAGCGCUUGCAACGAGAGGAAACGCGGCAAGCGGCAUUCCGGACAGAACAACGCCUUGGCCAGACAUUCAAGGAUAUGGAAAAGAAGGGCAAAUCCUCGACGACGCAAGGAAAGGCCAAUCUCGCGGAGCGGUCGAAAUACCAAUUUGAACAGGAUAGUGAGGAUGAUGAGAUGGAAAAUGAAAUCGACUCCAAUCUUGACGCACUCCAGGGUGCGGCAGUAAGAUUAAAUGGCCUGGCCAGGGCUACUGGGAGGGAACUUGAAGAACAAAAUAAACGCUUGGACGUUAUUAUGGGCAAGAGCGACUCUGUAGACGAUCAAAUCCAUAUGAAUCGUGCCCGGCUGGACCGGAUCCGUUGA